CUGGCCACCGCUCUCUCCCAGCCCCUGCCCGGAUCCGCCCCCCUGUGCUAACCUGGUUGUAGUGUCCAUGUGUGCACAGCGGGGGCGACGUGGGUAGGUCUCUCGGUACUUUCUCCAUCUACUCAACCACUGCACCCUUAUCCGUUCCUUUCUCUCUCCCAGAGACAAAACUCACAUAACAUGGACUUCUUGGGUCUCUGUUCAGCGGUUCUUUUGCUCACCUUGGUCACUCGAAGCUCCGCGGCGGGUUCGGACGCGCCCCGAGGAGUCGCGGUCGGGUUCGUUUUUGACCCCAAAGCGAUAUGCGAACCGCCGUGCGAACACGGAGGCGUCUGCAUCCGCAACAACACAUGCUUCUGCUCCAAGGGCUACGAAGGAGAGACCUGCCAGUAUGCCAAUUGUUAUCCCAAAUGUAAGAAUGGAGGAACAUGUCUUCGUCCUGGAAAAUGCAGAUGUCCUCCAGCAUAUGGAGGACGAUACUGUCACAAAGUGACUUGUGAAGGUGGCUGCUGGAAUGGAGGGGAAUGCAACGCUGUUAAUGGAGUGACCAAAUGUAUCUGCCCCUCGAGCUGGACCGGCUCAAAAUGCCAAGAUGCGAUCUGUCCACAAGGCUGUAGGAACGGGGGAAUUUGUGUGGCUCCAGGAAUCUGCAGCUGUCCAGAGGGAUGGCUGGGUGGUGCCUGCCACACUGCUGUGUGCACUAAGUCCUGCCUGAAUGGAGGAAAGUGUAUUUCUCCAGACAAAUGCCGCUGCCGUCCUCCUUUCUUUGGCCUUCGUUGCGAGGAGAGGAAGAAGUCCUACUAGUGCCGACCAGGUCAAAGGGCACAGAGGCUUUAUGCUAAUGUGGACAAUUCAAUGAUUUUGCAGAAACAUGUAGUUUUUACAUUUUUUCUACUAUAUGUAAUUUGUUUUGAAGAAACCUUGAACUUUUUAAGUGUUCUCACUUGACUGUAUGAACAUGAUAUGUACUGUAGCUUUUGCCAAUAAAUGAGUAAAAGAGAUUUUACCAAAACAAAAGCACAUAACUUGAACAUUCUUUAUUUUGUCAUAUAACUUGUACCACAGUGUAAUUUUUUUUUUAUACAAAAUCAAAACCCUUUAUAUAUAUCCCCAAAACAUGGAAUUACUUUACCCCGACCAACAAUAUAUUAAUGGAAGCAAUACAGAAAAAAACAUGGCAUAACACCAUGUCUUCAGUCUUCAACAUGUACCUGAUGUGAACCUUUACAUGAGCCAUAAACAGUAAAGCGGCAUAACAUUUAUUUUCCCAUAAGUGAGAAACAAACAGUGCAGUUUGGCUAAAUACUGAAAAAUCCUAUUCAUAACCUACACUUUAUGAA